GAUCAUCUGAGGGAUUCGACUGAAUCAAGAUGCUGCUGAUCAUUGAAGCUCUUCUUCUCAUUUUAGCUGCUCUAGGACAGGAUCACAGAGCUGCUGUUGAAGGGAAGAUAGCUCCACUGGAUAUGGCACCGAAUUCAGCUGAUGAUCAAUAUAAGGGCUGUAGAGAGAACAUGGCAAACCUGGUGGAGACAGAAUAUCUAAAUAAGGAAAUAGCUGCAUUUAAAACGUUUUGGCAAAGAGGUGCAGACUAUGUCAGGGAACCAAAAGAUGAUUUGAAAAAGAAUAAUUUAAUCGCCAUUUAUGUGUACACUGAUUAUGGUGUAUAUGAUGAUUUAAAAUAUGCUGUUUAUAAUGAUAAAGAAAAAUACAAAGACAAGACAUUCACAUGGUAUUCACUUCACUUUCUGUUAACAGAAGCGAUACAGAUUCUGAAGAGACUACAAAAUAAAUGCUAUGAUACUUAUCGUGGUACAAAAGAUACAUACAUAUAUGAUGAUAAGGACAAAGAGGUUCGCUUUGGCUAUUUUACAUCCUCCUCUCUUGAUCGUAGCAGAACUCCAUUUUUUGGAACUAAAACUUGUUUUAAAAUCCACACGUGUGAAGGUGCUGAUAUUACAAAAUAUUCUAAGCUUCCUCGUGAGAAAGAGGUGCUUAUUCCUCCAUACGAGAAGUUUAAAGUCACUGCGGUCAAGAACAGAGCAGAUCAGCCUGAUCUCUGGUGUGAAACGGUGUUCACUUUGAAAAGCUCUGGAAAAACAAGUGAGCUGAACUGUGCAGUGGCACCUAAGGAUACAGCAAAACUUUAA